GCAGGAGCUAGGGCUCCACACCAGGUCCUUGGGUGCUGCCCUCCAUCAAGCCUUUUCAUGUACUGAGAACCACCUCAGCUGCCCCUUUCUUCUGUCUCUGCCCAAACCAUCCCCUCCCUGGACCAAGCUUCUUAUUCCAACUGAGUACACCUCAACCACAGACCACCAUGGCUCUCAAUGCUUCAAUUCCUAACAGCAAUAAUCACACACAUAUCGAGAUCCAGCUGGCUUCCAAAAGCCGGGUGAUAAGCAACACACAUCCACAGAGCAAAAAUCAUAGAGAUAAUGUAGUCAAAGCUGAAGACUCUUCAGGUCAGCCAAACCCCAUUAAGGCUUCAAGGACUCACAACGAGCUUCACAAGGAACUGCUACUGGCCCACAAGAGGGGUCUGGCGCUGAGCAGCAGGUCAGAACUCCAGCAAGUGCUGGAGAGGAGGAAGAGGGUACAGAGUGGCCAGGAAGAGGAGGGACAGAGCAGGACUUCUCUGGAGGAUGUGCUGCUCAGACGUCAGCUGAAACAACUUGAGAGGGAGAAGGAACAAGAGAAUAAGGUACGAGAGGAAUCCCAGUUGAUGGAGUUUGUUCGAGUCCGACAGAACCUAAGAAAGAUUCACUCUGCGAUCCAGAACAAGGCUGCAAACACCUGAAGUGCUACAGAAGUAUGCGCCCAAAUUGUAAAAUAAACUCAAGUUUAAUCUGAGUUAAUUUAUCAACGAGGUGCAUACUGAAAGACAAUUACUGUAAAAUGAAUUUAAUAAAGUUUUUUAAAGAAAGGCAUAGAUUUUUGAAAUACUUAUGGAAACAGUAUUCUUUAUAGCUAUGUAAAGGAAUGCCAUCUGUCACUGUGUAAGUCAAAUAUUUAUUAAGUAUUAUUAAGUAUUUUUGCUUGAUAUGUUAGCUGUUAUUUAUCAAUAAUAUGUUGCAGAAAACCAGUAUGAUAUCCUUUGGCUUAUCAAAUUUGGUAACAUCAUUAUUGUGAAUGCAUGUCACAUUGCUAGAUGAAUGAAAUUACUGACAUUAUUUUUCGAUACAAAUGCUAGAGUGAAACAUUUAAAGAAUCUGACAGCAAUAGCUGGAAACUUAUGAACUCAUAUACAGUAUAUUUGGUUGACAUAUUGUUAAGAUAAUGUUUUGAAAGCAUAGCUUAGUUUUUUUAUCUUAGUGUAUAUCUAAAGUUAUUUUAUCUUUGUGUAUAUCUAAAGCUAAGCACAACACCAAUGCCCACAAUCUCACAGAGGACUUUAGAAACCUGCAGAAAAUGUGGCUUGAU